AUGUUUGAAGGAAUCUCAGCGCAGAAUAUAAAGGAUCCAGAAGCUGUUGAAGUGGUUCGAUACGAAUACGACAGAAUCAAACGGGUUCAUAUCAAUUCGCUCUCGCAAUAUAUCUCUCCUCAUCAUGGAACAACUCUAUUCAACUUGUCAUUGAGAGAUAUAAUCUUAGUUGCAGCCGAAAAAACCGCUCCUGGCACCUCUGACGCCGUCCUUCUAGAAUUGUUACAAUCACUCGGCCAACUCUCUGUUUACGAAGUUGUUGAUUUCUCGAACGAGAUUCAGGAUAUUGAGAAAAAAGUGGAAGAUUUUCUUUCUACACUUGAAGUGUUCCAAAAAGAGAAACAACAAGAGAAUGCCACAGUGAGAGAAAUGACGGUAGAAAUGAUGAGAUUGGAAGCGGAGGAGAGAGACAAGCUCAAUGAAGAUCUGGAGAAAGUCUUAAUCAGCACAGAGACUAUAAAAGACUUGUGCAUUUGCCGAGAGGUAUCACUGAUGGGAAAUCGGAACAAGGAGAAGAGAAGGACACUUUAUGAAUUCACGCCCAAAGUUGAUGAGCUUCUGAUCAAACUGAAAUCUCUUGCCGAAGUUGAUGAACUCACUCCGCCACGUGCAGUGAGAAGACCGGUUCAACGGAAGUUCGCGAAGGGAGUAGUCUCAAACAAAAUUCACACGUAUCAUGAGAAGUUGCUGGAAUUUUUAAAAUCAGAAGCUUUCAUGCAACUUGGACAUCCCUACAAAACCAUCACUGAACAAGUCGUUCGUGAAUUCCUACAAAUCGCAGACUUUCUCUCCAACUAUCAGAAAAGUCUUUAUCAGAUCCUUCUGAAUGCAUCACAAGCCGAAGUCGAUAUAAAGAUGUACUCCAGACAACUAUCCAUGCUCCACACUAAGUCCAAUAAAGAUUGCGAAAAGAUUGCCACGGAGGUGGACAAGCUGAAACCAUUGGUACUGGAUAAUGUAGAAUUGCUGGCCGAGUGGAUUUUUCUCCAAAGAGACAUUACUCCAUAG